GAAGGAAGGGGGGGGGCGUCCCUUCCCUGCCGGCCUGCCUCCCGUUGGCGGCGGCGAAGAAGAAGCCCCUCCGGGCGUCCGGCAACCCGUCCGGAGGCUUCCGAUCGUCGGAGUCGCCAGGGGUGGUGGUGGUGGUGGCGGGGGCCUGGGCUCCCCACCCGUCUUCUGCGGUGCUCCCCUCUUCUCCCCCCCUCCCUCUCUGCCAAGCCCCGAAAGGAGGCGAAGACGGCAGCCUGGCUGAAAGCGCCGGUAGGUUGAAACUGACUAGACCUCCGCCGCUGAGCGCCAAGCAAGCCGGGCUGAAAUUCAGCGGGCCGCCGGCUUCUUCCUUCCCGCCGCUAGCCCUCUCGGCCUGGGGGGCCUCGCUUUUCCCGCCUGGCUUUGUGGAUGUCCCGAUGAGAGAUCCAGCGUUCUCCGGGGCUGCGAUGGCUUACCACCCCUUCCACGCGCCCAGGCCAGCCGACUUCCCCAUGUCUGCUUUCUUAGCGGCCGCCCAGCCUUCCUUCUUCCCGGCGCUGGCUCUGCCCCCCGCCGCCCUCACCAAGCCCUUGGCGGAUCCCAGCCUGGCUGGAGCCGCCGCCGAAGCCGGCUUGCACGUCUCGGCUCUCGGACAUCACCACCAAGCCGCCCAUCUGCGGUCGCUGAAAAGCUUGGAGCCGGAGGAGGAAGUGGAAGACGACCCCAAAGUCACGUUGGAAGCCAAAGACCUCUGGGACGAAUUCCACAAACUGGGCACCGAGAUGGUGAUCACGAAAUCGGGCAGACGGAUGUUCCCCCCUUUCAAAGUGAGGGUCAGCGGCCUGGAUAAGAAAGCCAAGUACAUUUUGCUGAUGGAUAUUGUGGCUGCCGACGAUUGUCGCUACAAGUUCCACAACUCGCGUUGGAUGGUGGCCGGCAAAGCCGACCCGGAGAUGCCGAAGAGGAUGUACAUCCACCCAGAUAGUCCGGCCACGGGCGAGCAGUGGAUGGCCAAGCCGGUGGCCUUCCAUAAGCUGAAGCUCACCAACAACAUAUCGGACAAGCACGGAUUUACGAUCCUCAAUUCCAUGCAUAAGUACCAGCCCAGGUUCCACAUAGUCCGAGCGAAUGACAUCCUCAAGUUACCUUACAGCACUUUCCGCACCUACGUGUUCCCGGAAACCGACUUCAUUGCGGUGACUGCUUAUCAAAAUGACAAGAUCACCCAGCUGAAGAUAGAUAACAACCCCUUUGCAAAAGGAUUCCGAGAUACAGGGAAUGGACGGAGAGAGAAAAGGAAACAGCUGACUCUGCCUUCCCUGAGGAUGUAUGAGGACCCCUGCAAGCAGGAUAGAGACGGGGGCGAAUCGGAUGCCUCUUCUUGUGAACCUGGCCCAGUUCAAGAGUCCCUUCACUCCCCGUUGGCCACAACCCCCAGCCCUUUGCGGGUCCACCGGAACAGCAGAGAAGACAAAGGAAGUGACCAAGAGCUGGAGAAAGGAUCAGGGGUGAAGAGAUCCAGCCCGGACCUGGGCCCGGGCAGCCCGCCCCACAACCACAGCCUCUGCUUGCAAGGCGAAGAGCGGAGUAAAGAACGAGGAAAAGCCAGCGAGGUCUCCAAAGAAGGCAAUGGAGGCGGUGAGGCCUCCCUCUUCACCCCUCUGGGCUCGGAGAAGGAGAAGCUGGAGGGCAGAAGGAAGGAGUCUCUCCUGCAGCCGUCCCAAGAAGGAUCCAAAAAGGAAUUGCCCGGGGAUUGUGCCCCGGUGGGGUGCAGCAGCAAGGAAGCCUUCGCCCCUCUGAUGGUGCAGACCGACAGCCCGCCACACCUGAACCCCAGCCACCUUCAGAGCUUGGCUCUCUCGGGCCUUCACGGUCAACAGUUCUUCAACCCUCUGGGUGCCGGGCAGCCCUUCUUUCUUCACCCGACUCAGUUUGCCAUGGCUCCGGGCGCCUUUUCGGCGAUGGGCAUGGGACACUUGCUGGCUUCGGUGGCAGGCGGAGGGGGCCUGGAAAACGGGGGACUCUCAGCUCCUCAAGGGACGGCGGGCACCACCACCCCGUUCCCCUUCCAUCUCUCCCAGCACAUGUUGGCUUCUCAGGGAAUCCCACUGCCUGCCUUUGGCGGACUCUUUCCUUACCCGUACACUUACAUGGCGGCUGCAGCCGCCGCGGCCUCUGCCAUGCCGGUGACCAGCGCCACCACCACCAGCUCGCUGUCCCGGAACCCCUUUCUGAGCAGUGCUCGAGCUCGCCCGCGUUUCAACCCCUACCAGAUCCCGGUGGCCAUUCCUCCCAGCACCAGCCUCCUCACCACCGGGUUGCCUGCCAGUUUGAACGUCGGCUCAGAAGCCUCCAAGGCCGGGAGCAGUCGGGAAUCCAGCCCUCUUUCGGAUCUGCCCGUCCCGAAAUCCAGCAGCCAGCGGGCAUCUCUGUCCCCCAAGCCAUCUUUGAAGGGUUCCAUGAACGAGCUGCAGAACAUCCAAAGACUGGUCAGCGGUUUGGAAACCCAAAGGGAAGUGUCCCCUAGUCGGAAUUCCCCCAAGUCGACGGUUCACGGAAGCAGCCAACCCCCGAGAGCUUAGGGGCCCCCCCCCGGGAAAGAGAGGUGUACAGCACAUAGUAUAUAAAUAUUUAUUUUUUAAGAAAAAAGAGGAGAGGAGAUUGAGAUGGGUCGAAGGCUGUAUAAGCAUCAGUAGCUCGGGCGUCCACUGAGAUGGGCAGGGAGGGCCAAGGGCCUAGCAGAGGAGGCAGGAAAAACAUGCCGGAAGGCCGUUGCUGACCAGGUUUUCGAACUCAUGCUGUGAUCACAACAGCCCGCCGCUAUUUACGUGUUUCCUGCCCCCCCCCUGGAUUGAGCUGAAGAGGUCCAUUUUCAUCCAAGUGCAUCUCUAAAAUGGCCGUCAGAGAGGAAGGUGACGUCCUAGGUCACCUCCAGCUCGUUUUGGAAAAACCCUCGGCACUUUUUCUCCCUCCGAGAAUUGAAUUUUGAAAUGCGGACGAUGCCGUAGGACUCGGUCCUCCGAUGCUAGGAAAACGGGGAAGAUGUGAGCUUUUUUUUUUUUUUUGCCGAGCUAUAAAUGUUAGCAAAUUGGGUUUAUAUCAGCAAGAGGAAGCCGAGGCACGUUUUCCCACGCUCUCUGCUCACCGAGGUUUUGAAGGCCACCGAAAAGGAAAAAAAAAAAAGAAGCAAAAUAAACAUGAACGUCCCUCUCUCCCCCCCCCCCAGCAUUCAGAGUUGGUACAAUCCACGUGUGGAUCUUUUUCUUCGGGGGGGGAAACGACUUUCUCUCUGCGUAUCGAAAAAAAAAAUUGGAAAAAAAAGGAAAAAAAAAAGAAAAGAAAAAGAAACAUAAUAUUUAUGGAAUAAAAUGGUAAUUUCUGUAAAUAAGCUAUAACAAAUCCCCGCCCCCAAAUAUGCAAAAAUUGGUAUUAAUUUAUUUAGAGUUGUACAUUGGAGUGUACAUAAUUAGAGUUUAACUCAUGUUUGAUUUCUUUUUUUUUUUUCAUUUUAUGUGAACGUGCAUAUAUUGUAAAUGAAGGUCUGUUUUCCAAGGUCCCUGGGGCGGGGUCAAAUACCAGGUAGGCGUGGCAAGGGCUGUGCAGUCCAAGCCCCGCCCACUCUUCCAGCGAUAUUGAAGGGGCGGGGCUUUGAAUGCAAGGGCGGAGCAACCAUCUUGAAUUUUUUUUCAACCUGCUUGUUUAACCCUUUGUGAAUCGAAGAAAAAUUUUGUUCUGUAUCUAAAAAAAAAAACAAGAAAAAAAAUUUAUCCCGUGUGUUGGAAGACAAUCAUUAUAUUUAGAUCCAGCUAUAAAGAACCAGGAGACGAUCAAAUCCUUCAAAAGGAACUCAACAGGGAAAAAUAUGACUUUCUCCUUAUAUAUAGUUCAAAGAACAACAAUGAAUAACGAAUGAAUGAUUUAAAAAAAAAACUUUUACAGUGUGGGGUAUUAACAGAAAGAAAAAAAAAGUCAGUACAGAAACCAACCUCAGGUUUUUAUUUUUCACUCCAGAGUGGGGGAAGGGAAGACAGAACACCGGAAACCUUUAAAAGUAUAUGAAAAUUUAAAAUAUCACAUGGACGGUGUGCUAUAUAUUGUUUUUUUCUUUUUUAAUGGCAUCGUUAGAAAAUGUGCUGGUUAUUCGGGUAUCUUCUUGGUUCGAUUUUUGGGAUGAGUCCUCUCACAACUUUCAAUAAAAAAAAAUAUUCAAAUAA